UCUCUCGCCGUGUGUACCUUGACAGUGGACGGCAGUGCUCCGUGGUGUUUUUUUCUGGGAGGAGUGGGGCAGCAGGCACGGAGCCGAGCAGAGAAAGAAAACAGCAACAACUAAUGGUACAAACCUGGCAUCGUGAGACCUGGACGGCACCACAUAGAUGAAGUCCCUCAGGAAUACCUUUCCUGCACCGUGUUUUAGUCCUCCUCUGCUCUUCCUGUCUCUCUCUUUCUCUUCAAAAUAAGUUACACAUUGGAUUUAUGGACGACCAGGCCCGCAUGAUGUUGGGUCACUUAGGAUUGAGUGGACUGACUCAAGAGGAUGUUGGCGAUCCCGACAACAUAAGGAAACAUCAGAACCUCGGUCAGCCGCAGCAGGACAUGGGUGACAUCCUCCAGCAGAUCAUGGCCAUCACAGAUGAGAGUCUGGAUGAGGCUCAGGCCAGGAAACAUGCUUUAAACUGCCACAGAAUGAAGCCUGCCCUCUUCAGCGUCCUGUGUGAGAUCAAAGAAAGGACAGCCCUGAGCAUCCGAGGCAUCCAAGAAGAGGACGGUCCGGACCCUCAGAUCAUGCGGCUGGACAACAUGCUGUUAGCAGAGGGGGUCGCGGGUCCGGAGAGGGGUGGGGCCUCCGCAGCUGCAGCGGUCGCCGUGGCAGCCGGAACGGCACCUAAUGAUGGUUUACAACACACCGAAUACAGAGAGAAGCUCGCUCAGAUACGACAGAUGUACCACAGCGAGCUGGAGAAAUACGAACAGGCAUGCAAUGAAUUCACCGACCAUGUGAUGAACCUGCUGAGGGAACAGUCCCGCACGCGACCCGUCUCACCCAAAGAGAUCGAGCGAAUGGUGGGAAUCAUCCACCGCAAGUUCAGCACUAUCCAGAUGCAGUUAAAGCAGAGCACAUGUGAAGCUGUCAUGAUCCUACGCUCUAGGUUCCUGGAUGCCAGGCGGAAACGAAGAAACUUCAGCAAGCAGGCAGCAGAGAUUUUGAAUGAAUAUUUUUACUCCCAUCUGGCAAACCCCUACCCCAGUGAGGAGGCCAAGGAGGAGCUGGCAAAGAAGUGUUCCAUCACUGUGUCUCAGGUGGCCAACUGGUUCGGGAACAAGAGGAUUCGAUAUAAGAAGAAUGUUGCAAAGCUCCAGGACGAAGCUAACCUGUAUACUCGGAAGUCAGCUGCAAGUGUGUCUUCGCUGGCAAGCCAAGCCAACUCUCCAGCCACGCCAAACUCAGGAGGAUAUCCAGCCCCGUGUUACACUCCUGACGGGAGGUAAUGAGGACCUUGCCUGGAGGAACUCUCUUCCCUCAUCACGGUCUCCAUGUUGAUGGUGGCUGGUAGGACAGUGGCAAUGCUUCGUCCCACCCCCCCCGCCUCCCCCACCCCCACCCAGAGCACCAGGCAGCAAGCACUACGUCACCUCCAGCUGAUACUCCACCUUCCCUCCCCACCCUGCUCCUCAGACUAAAACAACCCAGACUGUAGGUUGACCUCCAGUCGAGCCACAGACUACUCAACAAGAUUUCCCAAACUCUGCAACUUUCCGUGUUUGUUUCGCUUUGUGUUGCUGAUCCUUUACCCACAUCCCUCCCACUAGUUUUUUAAACCCUUGUCUUUUACGAAUGUGUUGAUGCGUCUUUUUUUCUUUUAUAAUUACUCGCCACGUUUUUUCUUCCAUUUCUUUUUGAAAAGAGAGUGAUGAAAAGAACAUUUUAAAAAAAAAUGUUCUGUAUCAUCUGUGAAGGUUCAGGGCCUGUGUGUGGCCUUGAACCAGAUGUCGAUUGAUGAUUUUAUUUCAAAUAAUUAAAAUAACAUUUAAAAAAAGGACAAAAAGAAAGCAUGUAGAUUUUAUUAUUUCUUUUUUCUUUAAGUUUUAUUUUUUAAGAAAACAAUUGUCACUGAGAAAAUGCAAUCGAAAAGAGUGCAACAACAUCUAAAUGGCAGAAAUGACCAAAAAUGAAUAAACACAUUGUCACUUCUUACAUUUUUGCAUCCUGUGGUGUUGCUUCAGACAAGAACUGGGUUUGAGUUUGUUUCUAUUUAUAUGAUUGUAAAAAACAAUAUUGCCUUAACAGGUAAUUAUGUUUCUUAAAUGCUUUUGAAGCAACCAAACCAAAGAGGCUUUAACCCAGGAGAUCAGGUUCUGUGGUUUGUGCCAAUGUGCACAGUAACUAUAAUGUUCAGUUUCAGAUCAUACAGUAUUGGAAUGGGACCAUGUUUGUUUUUAUUCAUCUGUGCCCUCUAGUGUUGAGCAGUGCCGCUGCAUCUUCUGGAUAAUUUGUGGGGAUUUUUUUUCAGCUAAAGGCCUCCAGAGGAAUGCUUCCUGCACAAAUUCUUGUUUUCACAUCUUUCUUUUUGUAGUUAAUAUUUAAUAGUGAAUGUCAAUAAAUCCUGAGACCCAAUAAACCGAGAGUAGGCUUUUAUCUAACUCUUUUAGUCAUUUAUCUAGUGGAGAAGCUGCUGAAGUCCAGGUGUAUCUGAUAAUGUAGUGAGUGCUACACAAUGUAAUAGCUUGUUAGUUUAAUAAAAAAAAAAAGCCCCUGAAUUGG